AGCAGAAUAUGGAAACAGUCAGUUGUAUCAGAUAAGCACACUUGAAUUUGUAUACUUUUGUUGAGCAAGAAAAGUUCAGACUUUCUAUCGUUACAUUUUGGAGGACCAGAGAGGUGACCGACUGACUGUGGGGUUCCCCCCCACACGCUAUUGAUCCGUGACCAGAUACAUGAGGAGAUCAUAGAAACGGCUAAUGGUGCUAACAAUGCAUCCAGGCAGGUAUCAAAGCCUAAGAAUUCGAAGCCCAAGGUAAGCAGGGCAAGGAAAGAAGACCAGGCUCACCCUGCUGUAAUAAGUGAGGAGGUCAGAGCACGAUGGCAAAAGCAGAGUGAGAUACGGCAGCAGGGUCGUGAGCGACUAUACAAUUACCUCAGUGAGGGUCUGAGGAAGAUGGAGACACAGGAGGCUGAGGACGUGAAGGCCAGUCAGGCGACGGAAGAUGCUGAGCAGAAGGAGAUGGCUAUGAGCUCUGAAAAGUGGAAAAGACAAGUGGAGAAGGAGCAAAAAGAGUUUGUGAGUGAGGUCAACACAAUCUUAGAGGAGCUCUCUCAGCGACACCUGGAUGAGACUGUGCCCGGACAUUUUCCAGUGACAGGUUCAUACACCUGGGUGGGUGGAAGGAAAAUGGAGCUGGAAGCCAACAAUGCAAAAAGUAGACAAGAAAUGAACAGGCUGAAGCAGAAUAAAAGACAGUGUGAUGCAGAAAGAGAGAGAGAGAUGGAGAGGAAGAGAGAGCGGAAGAGACUUCAGCAGGCAAGGCAAGAGACGCAGGUGGAUGAGGACAGAGAAAUACAGAGGCAGAUGGACGUCAGGGCCAAACAGAAGGCAGAGAAACAGAGAGAGGUGGCAAUGAAGGAGCAGGAGUUAUCCCAUGACAUCAAACAACUGAACGAUUUCAUCCAAAAGGUGUCAGAAACAGACAAGGAACUGCAUGAGAUGGCUCACAAAGAGUUGGAUAGACUGCGUAAACUUGAACUGUUCUACCAAAACAAGAGAAGGAAAGCCCUUGAGAGAGAACAACAAAUGGCAACAUUACAGAUUGAGCAGAGGCAACAAAGAGAGAGGAAGAAGGAGGAAGAGCGAGCGAGAGCUCUAACAAGAGAUAUAGAAAGACUGGUGGGCUCGGAUCGAACAGGGCUGUGGGGCAUUGGCCAGUCUUAUGGAUGUGCAGGUGAUGAAGAGAAGAGGGACAUGGAGAGGUUGAGAGAGAUUGAGCGAGCUCAGGAGCAAAAGCUACUGAUGGAAAGAUUAAAACAGGCUGAAGAAAGAAUUCUAGCAUUGGAGAGGGAAAGAGAGAGGUUGCAAAAGAUGGAAAGGCUGAAAGAAAUGCAGAGAGAAAGGGAAAGGCAUAUACAGAUGGAGAACCUGAAAGCAUCAGGAAGAGAGAAUGAGAUGAAGUUGGAAACAAGGGGGAAAUCGGUUCAUACAGGUACAGAGAUACAGACAGAACUAGAACCCCAAAAACAAGUGGAUCCGAUAAAGCUACAGAGAAACAAAGAGUUGGAGACAGAGAAACAGAAGCGGCAAGAGAUAGAUCAGCUGAGCAAGUUAGAUAGUGAAAAACAAAAGCAGAAAGAGAUGGAUAGAAUUAAAGAUUCGGAAAGAGAAAAGGCAAGAAAGCAAGACAAUGAGAAAUUGGAAGGAAUUAAAAGACAGGAAGAACUGAAGAAGCAAUGGGAAGAAAAACAGAGAAAAAUGGGACAAGAAAUGGAGGGAAAACCUCUUCAAAAACAGAAAGAAAUGGAACAAGGUUUGAAUGAGAGACAGCAAAAGAUUGAGGAAGAGAGGCAGCAGCGAGAGAAAGAGAUGGAGAGAGAUAUCAAGAAAAAGGGAGAGAUGGAACUGAGGGAGAAAGAGGGGAGACUCAGGGAGAUGGAACUGAAGCAGAUGGAGGGGGUGAACAAGAAAAUCAAAGAAAAGGAAGAGUUGGAGAGAAAACUGAAGGAGGAAGAGAGGUUGAAAGAGCAGGAGAGACAUAAAGAGUUGGAGUGGGAGAAAGAGAGGCAGAAGGAGAUGGAAGAGCUGAAGAAGCUGAAGAAAGAGGAAGUGUUUGAGAGUCAGGAAAUAUUGAAGAAGCAGUGGGAAGUGAAACAGAAAAUGAUGGAAAAAGAAAUGGAGAAAAAGCAAAGAGAAAUGGAAAGAAAGUUUCAAGAAAAACAGAAAGAAAUGAAACAAUGUUUGAGUGAGAGACCGCAAAGGAUUGAGGAGGAGAAGCAGCAGAGAGAGAAGAAGAUGGAGCGUUUGAAAGAGAUGGAGAGGGAUAUUAAGAAAAAAGGAGAGAUGGAAUUGAUGGAGAAAGAGGAGACACUCAGACAGAUGGAAUUGAAGCAACGGGACGAGUUGAACAAGAAAACCAAAGAAAAAGAAGUGUUGGAAAGAAAAGCCAAAGAGGAGGAGAGGUUGAAAGAGCUGGAGAGCUCUAAAGAGUUAGAGAGGGAGAAACAGAAGACAGAGAGAGAACAGCUAAAAGUGUUCAAGACAGAGGAAGAAACGCAGAAAGAGAUGGAUAGAUUGAACAACUUGGAAAGAGAAAAGGCAAGAAAACAACAUCAUGAGAAAUUGGAAGAGAUCAAGAGACAAGAAGAACUGAAGAAACAAUUGGAAGAUCAACAGAAAACAAUGGAAAAAGAAAUGUUGGAAAAGCACAGAGAAAUGGAAAGACAACUUCUUCAAAAACAGAAAGAAAUGGAACAAGGUUUGAAUGAGAGACAGCAAAAGAUUGAGGAGGAGAGGCAGUAGCGAGAGAAGGAGAUGGAGCGUUUGAAAGAGAUGGAGAGAGAUAUCAAGAAGAAGGGAGAGAUGGAACUGAGGGAGAAAGAGGAGAGACUCAGGGAGAUGGAACUGAAGCAGAUGGAGGAGUUGAAGAAAAGGGCCAUGGAAAAUGAAAAUCAGAAAAAAGAUUUGGAUAGAAAAGCCGAAAACCAGAAGAGAGCAGAACAUGAAAGACAGAUGCAAAUGGAGGUGGAGAAACAAAGAGAGAGAGAAAGAGUUCUGGAGGAGCAACAAAGGGAGGUAGAUGAGAAAAAACAUCAGCUGCAAUUACAAGAAGCUUCAGCGGCUGAAGAAAAGGAGAAACUCAAAGAAAUUGAGAAAACAAUGACAUUGAAAAAUAAAGAUAUGCUAAAACAGAUGGAGGAAAGCUGGAGACAAACAGCCCGACAGAAGGAGGAGGAAUGGGAAGCAAAAUACAGAGAGAUAGAAAAACAGAGAGAGCAGGCAGAAAAGGAUGCCAUCAAAGAGAAAGAAAGAUUACAAGAGCUAAGGAGGGAAGAACAGAGAAGACAGAUUCAAAUUGAAAAAGAAAAACAGAAAGAGAUAGAAAGACUGAUGGAUAUCCAAAGAAAGGAGAAUGAGGAGAGACAGAGCGAUUUGGCUAAAAAGAGACAAGAAAAAGAGGAGAACCUUAAGCAAAGCAAGAGUGAAGUGAAUGAAAAACAAAAGGAAUUGGAGUUACAGAAAGUUGUAGAAGCACAGAUAGAGAAAAAGAUCAAGGACAUUGAAAGAAAGAUACAAGAUAAAAACACAGCUGACCUAAAACAAACAGAGGAAAAGUGGACAAAAGUAGCCCUGCAAAAGGAUGAUGAGUGGAAAGAGAAAUGCAGAGAGAUUGAAAAACAAGAGGAAAAAGAAAAAGAGGCAAAAACGAGGGAAGAACAGGUGAAACACCUUGAGCAGGAGAAAAAGCAAAGUCAGAUUCAAAUAGAAGAGGAGAGACAAAAUGAGAGAGAAAGGCUCCUAGAGAUCCAAAAAAUGGAGAUGGAGGAGAGCCUAAGAGAGAUGGAACAGAGAACAUUGGAAAUGGAGAAAAAAGAAGAGAAAAGACGUCAGUAUAUUGAGGAGAGAGAAAGAGAGAUGGAACAGAAAAGGAUGGAGAUGGAGAGAAAAGAAGCUGAGAAAAGAAAAAGAGAGAUGGAGCAAAAACAAGAACUGGAGUUACAAAAGGAAGAAGAAGCAGAGAAACUCAAGGAGAUUGAGAAAAGCAUAAAAGAAAAAUGUGAGUCUGAGCUUAAACAAAUAGAGGACAAGAGAGAAGAACAUCAACAGCUUCAAACUGAAGGGGAAAAACAAAGAGAGUCACAAAGUCUACUCGAGAUCCAGAGCAGGGAAAAUGAAAAUAGGCAAGCAGAAAUGAACAACAGAAAGUUAGAAAUGGAAAAGGAAGAAGUGGAAGCUGGACAAAUGAAAGUGGAGGAAGAAAAGAAGGAAAUAAACAGACAAAUGGAAAUGAGACAAAAAGAGACAGACAGAGAGAUGGAAAGAAGAGACACUGAAGCAAGAAAAACUAGACUAGACAUUAUUCGAGAACAACAGAGGGAGAGAAAGAGCGAGCGCAUGAGAAAGACAGAAGAGAGACAGAAAGAGGAGCAAAGAAAGAGAGAAGAGCGACAAAAUCAGGAUGAGGAAGCAAGACACUGGUAUGAACACCCAGAAGAAUGGCGUAAGAACCAAGACAAACUGGCCAUCCAGAAAGAAGAGGCACGACAACAAGAGCUGGAAAAAAAGUGGGAAGAAGAGGCCAGGAUACUUGAAGAAUUAAAUAGAAGGCAAAAUGAAUAUGAGGAGAAAAUGAGGCCUGAGCGACAGAGAGAAAAAGAGAAACGGAAGGAGGCUGAAAUGCAGCGCCAACUAGAAUUGGAAAAACAGGACGAAUUGGACAGACAAAGGGAGCUAGAAAUGGAAAGAGAGAGAGAACAGGAAAUUCAGAGACAGAGGGAAGAGGAAAUGGAGAGAAAGAGACAAGAGGAAGAAAUGCAGAGACAAAAACAAGAGGAAGAAAUGCAGAGACAAAAACAAGAAGAAAUGGAGAGUCAGACAAAGGAGGAACAACAGGAGGACAAGGGAACAUUCUGGGAACAAACUGAUGAUGAGUGUAGUGAUGAGAGCAGUGAUGAGACUAAUGAUGAUGAGAGGGAAUCACAGGAUGAGACAGAUGCUCCGGUCCGAGAUAAGAGUAUGAGAAGGAGGUUCAUCGGAUGGCUCAAUGGAAAGAUGAAAGAGCGAUAUGAGACAAAAAUUGAGAGGACCAUCAUGAGAGAAGAGGAAGUAUUCAAAGGAUACAUGACCCGGGCCAAAAGAGAGCAGGAGAAACGCAAGAGCCUAGUGGAUGCAGAGGCAAAAAGACAAAAUCUAGAGUCAUCCUGGCUUGAGUGGGAAAAAGGAAAGAAAGAGAAAAAGAUAAAGAGGAAAGAGCAGAAGAAAGAGGCCAGAAGCCAAGCCCAGUUGGCCCGCAUUCUCAAACUGAAUGAAGAGGCUGACAGGAACCUUGAUAAGUAUAAUGGCACUAACAUAUACUCCUCCCAGAACAAACUCUUGAGGAAACAGAUGAUUGGCUGGGAUAGGAAAAGAAAAUAAGAUCAUCUCUAUAUUCAUCCAAACAUAUUAUUUGUCAUUAAAUUCAUUUUGCUAAAAAUUUUUUUUUUUUUUAACUAUUUUUACUUACUUUUCACUUUUUUUUUCACCAAAUAAACAUUUAAAAUACUU